AUGGAUGGUCUAGUGGCCCUAGGCCGCCGGCUAUCUGUCACUCUACGCCACAAGUCCUCCAAGAACAAUUUUCUGGUCCCCGGAGAGGCCGAAGAUGACUCUCGCCACUACCAAGUUGCGGGCCACUCCAGCCACAAGCGCAAUGUUGCCUCGCAAAGUUGGGACAAGCGGUCGCGCGCUUGGUCCAACAGCCAUAGCAUCAACCGACGUCCUUCUCUCAACAGCGUGACUGCUCUGCAUGGCUUUUAUGCGCCCACCGCAUCGGUUCCAGCCCCCAUCCCUGGACAUGGAUUGGAGCCCCCGAUUCUUCCCAAUGACAAGUUUGCUGGGUCGGCGGCACGUGCUGCUGCCGCUGCUGAGAAUGAACGCAUGGAAAUGGUCAAGUUGGAAAUGGCCAAGUUGGAAAUGGGCAAAUUGGAGCGUGAACUUCUUCCCAAGGCAUCUGACGUCAGACUUGACUCGGAGAGUGGCAUCGGUAUUGAUCUUCGCGAUCGCUCUGAUGCCUCGGAUCUUGAGCUAGACCUCCUUCGCAUUGAUCCGGUGUCAUACUUGCCUUCAGAGAUCAUGGCCCAAGUGCUUUCCUACUUGGAUCCCGCCUCUCUCAUGCAGGCGGAGCUGGUUUCUCACACCUGGAACGGGCAGGCAAACUCCCCCCCAUGUCUGGAAACACCAACCAAGAAAAGGCAGCAGCUUGGACUAGGGAAGGCCGUUCCUCACCAGGACUGGAAGCGGAUGUUUCUAGUUCGCCGGGCCCUCGAUCAACGCUGGAAACAGGGCAAAGCUGCGGCAAUCUAUCUCCACGGACACAAGGACAGCGUGUACUGUGCGCAAUUCGACGAAAAUAAAAUAAUUACCGGAUCUCGUGAUCGUACCAUUCGCGUGUGGGAUGCUCACUACCCCUGGUCUUGCCUCAAGAUCAUUGGCCCGCCUCCUGGCGAUGUGUCUGGCUCUGGACCCGUCAACAACCCAGCGCAGCAGGCCACCGGAAAAUCUCCUUUUGUGACUAUCUGCCCUCCAUCAACACCCUCCGCUGGUAUCGUUACCCCGAUGGAGCACCCAGCCGACUAUCACAGUGCCUCGAUCCUUUGCCUUCGUUUCGAUGAGGAGAUCAUGGUGACCGGAUCCUCGGAUUAUACAUGCAUUGUCUGGGACAUCAAGGAUGACUACCGUCCCAUUCGUCAACUCGUGGGCCACCGCGCUGGUGUAUUGGAUGUUUGCUUCGAUGACCGGUACAUCGUGUCGUGCUCCAAGGAUAGUACUAUCUGCGUCUGGGACCGCAAGACAGGCGAUCUACUGAAGCAGCUUAUUGGACAUCACGGCCCUGUGAACGCUGUCCAGCUGCGCGGCGAUCUUGUGGUUUCGGCAAGCGGCGACGGUAUUGCCAAGCUGUGGAAUGUCACCACUGGCGCCUGUGUUAAGGAGUUCCCCAGCAAGGACCGCGGUCUCGCCUGUGUCGAGUUCAGCGAAGACGGCCGUACCAUAUUGACUGGUGGAAAUGAUAGGACUAUCUAUCAGUUCGAUGCCAAUACCGGCGAGCUGGUCAAGGAACUCCGAGGUCACACUGGCCUGAUUCGGUCCCUUCACCUGGACAGCAUGAACAAGCGUAUUGUUAGCGGUAGCUACGAUAUGAGUGUCAAGGUGUUUGAUACCGAGUCAGGCCAAUUGUCCGUCGAUCUGCCUGGAUGGACUACUAGUUGGAUGCUCAAUGUCCAGUCAGACUAUCGACGAAUUGUCGCAACUAGCCAGGACUCCCGGGCCGUUAUCAUGGAUUUCGGUUACGGAUUGGAUGGUAUCGACUUGUUGGAGGAAUGA